CAUCUGAAAAUGGUGAAAGGUCCUGCAUGACACACACAGGAAUGUAUAUCAAUCCGGAGACAGAAAUGGGAGGUGAUAUUUAAAAAAAAGUUUUAAAAAUUUGUUUAAAACUAUCAUUUUUUUUUUAAACAAAUUGGGACGCUUGUAAGUCUCAGUUCGGUGGCUUAUACUAUCCUGGUAGCAUGGGAAGUAAUAUUAUUUAAAAACAAGUUUUUUAAAAAAUUUUAAAAAACUUUAUUUUUUAGAAAUAAUAUCAUCUUCCAAGAGGCAAGAUAGCCAAGAUAGCAGAAGUCACCGAACUGACGCUUAUGAGCGUCCUAGUUUGUUUUAAAAAGAAUGAUAGUAUAUAUUAAACAAGUUUUAAAACUUUUACCUUAAAUAAUAUCACCUCUCCCAUGUCGCCGGGAUAGCAGAAGCUACCGAACCGAGGUGCUGUAUAUCGUCGGUAUGACAGUUUUCCUAACCUUCGUACUGAUUAACUUUGUCAAUUAAUUUCUCACUUCGCGGGACAGAGCAUUUAUUUCUGCCAGAUUCUUAUUUUACGUGCAAAAACGCGUCGAUUGGAUAUUUUCAUCAAUAUUGGAAAUGAUAUGUGUAAACUAAAUAAUUACCAAAGAUAAAUAAAAAUAAUCUAUUGCCCUCUCUGACUAUAAACAGUCAAUGAGAAAUAAUACAAGUAAAAUGGAAAAUGAAGAUAUUGAACAAUUACGCGAAUUGAAAGAACGACUUUUACAACAGGCGCUUAAGUUACGAGAUAAACUGAAGAAUCAAGAAGAAAAAGGCAAUCAAUCAUCGAUUAAUCUCGAUAUCUUAUCUUCCGACGAUGAAAAUGAAAAACUAUCGGAAUCAUUGUCUGCAACGUAUGAAGCUAAACUAUGUGAGAUUUCGGGCCAAGUGACUGGUAUUGUAUUUAAAAGUGUUAAUAAGAAAUGGUUACACGACAACAUUUAUCUUUAUACAGCUAAAGUGGAAACUAAGGCAGUUUCCUUCAAUCUCGAAUUGAAAGUAUUUAUCAAGGGUUCAGAUGAUUUUAAAAUAAAGAACAUCGUGUGUUACUUUAUAAAUGUUGAUGAUUGUUAUAUACUAGAAAUAUCUCCUUGGUUUAAAAAGAUCACAAGGACCAAUAACUUUUCAUUGCUGAUGUCUGCAUUAUCUGAUUACAAUGAUUAUAGCAUCUUUAGAUCUAACAUUCUAUAUAGUUUAGAAUCAGAAAGAUAUACAAAAAUCGAGCAAAAUACUGAGGAAAAUGGAGGUGUACUAGUGUAUGUACACCCACCUGCAGAUACAAGGAAGAACUAUCUAAUAUUUCACUGGUCAAUGAAAUUUUUGGAGCUUACGUGGCAUAUAGAACAUUUCUUUACAGUGAAGUCCACACAUAUAGGAGUUCAAUUUUCUGAAGAGAAUCGUCUCUUAUUGAAAGAAUUUUGCAAGAUUGGUUUGACAAAAGAUGGUCUUGUGGAUUUGUGGGAUAAAUUAUGUACUGCCAUUGAAACUUACCAUGCUAGAGCAUAGAGUGUACCUGAUGGAACAUAUAACCUGAUAUAACAAUGCUAAACAAGUAAAUCAUAUAUUAAUAAAAUAUAAAGAAUAUUGA